GAGCACGAGAAAACCCCUUCCAUGGCCUCUGCGGCGAUAUUCUCAUCGUUACGACGGAGGAGAUCGCCGUCUUUGGAAGCAUUUUUAGCCCCCGUUGACCUUUCCGGCGUCGCACUUGUUCAAACCCUAGCUUCAAUCUCAACGGAGGUUGUUUCUUGUUUCACCUCUGUACGAUUCUCGUUUCAACGCAAGAACGCUCGUUCUUUGAUUCGUAAGAUCGAGAUCUUUGUCGUAUUGUUCGAAUUUCUCGUGGAUUCAAAUUGGGGUUCAUCAAGAAGUAGAAGAAGAAGCUCUGUUUCUGAAUCAACAGCUUUGCUUUGUCUUAAGGAGCUUUAUCUUCUUCUCUAUCGCUCCAAGAUCCUUGUUGAUUACUGCGCUCAAUCUAGUAAGUUAUGGCUCUUGUUACAAAACCCUUCGAUUUCUGGGUAUUUCCAUGAUUUGAAUCAAGAAAUUUCGACUCUUUUGGAUGUUUUACCUGUCAAUGAUCUUGGUUUAAGCGAUGACAUUAGAGAGCAAGUCGAGUUAUUGCAGAGACAAUCAAGAAAAUCAAGAUUGUAUAUUGAUAAGAACGAUGAAUCGUUACGUGAAUCAUUCUAUUCGUUUCUUGAUGGGUUUGAGAACGGUGAGAUUCCGAAUUCGGUUGAUCUGAGAUUGUUCUUUGUUGAGAGAUUGGGGAUAAGGGAUUCGAAGAGUUGUCGAACCGAAAUCGAGUUUUUGGAAGAACAGAUUGUGAAUCAUGAUGGGGAUUUGGAGCCUACGGGAUCGGUUAUUAAUGGUUUUGUGGCGAUUACGAGGUAUUGUAGGUUUUUGUUGUUUGGAUUUGAAGAAGAUGGAUUGGAGUGGAGGAUUGAGAAUCCGAAGAAACCUCGAAAAGGGUUCGUUGCACAGGAGAUUGGGGACACGUUUAUAACUGUUCCAAAGGAUUUUGUUUGUCCAAUCUCUCUUGAUUUGAUGACAGAUCCUGUGAUUAUUUCCACUGGGCAAACUUAUGAUCGGAGCUCUAUAGCUAGGUGGAUUGAAGAAGGUCAUUGUACUUGUCCGAAAACCGGGCAAAUGCUUAUGGAUUCGAGGAUUGUUCCUAAUCGAGCUUUGAAGAAUUUGAUUGUGCAGUGGUGUACAGCGAGUGGUAUAUCUUAUGAGUCGGAGUUUACGGAUUCUUCGAAUGAGUCUUUUGCUUCGGCUCUUCCGACGAAAGCUGCCGUUGAAGCGAACAAAGCCACAGUAUCAAUCCUUAUUAAGUAUCUAGCAGAUGGUUCUGAAGCUGCUCAGACUGUUGCUGCACGGGAGAUUCGUCUUUUAGCGAAAACCGGGAAAGAAAACAGAGCAUACAUUGCUGAAGCAGGCGCGAUACCGCACUUGUGCCGCCUUCUCAAAUCCGAAAACGCUAUUGCGCAAGAGAAUUCAGUGACCGCGAUGUUGAAUCUUUCGAUAUAUGAGAAGAACAAGAGUCGGAUUAUGGAAGAAGGUGAUUGUUUGGAGUCUAUAGUAAGUGUUCUUGUUUCUGGUCUCACAGUGGAAGCGCAAGAAAACGCAGCAGCUACAUUGUUUAGUCUCUCUGCUGUACACGAGUACAAGAAACGGAUAGCAGUUGUUGAUCAAUGCGUGGAGGCAUUAGCGUUGCUGCUUCAAAACGGGACACCAAGAGGGAAGAAAGAUGCGGUUACAGCGUUAUAUAACUUAUCGACACAUCCAGAUAACUGCAGUAGGAUGAUUGAAGGAGGAGGAGUGUCGAGUCUUGUUGGAGCUCUCAAGAACGAAGGUGUAGCAGAGGAAGCUGCAGGAGCUUUGGCUUUGUUAGUUAGACAAUCACUUGGUGCUGAGGCUAUAGGGAAAGAGGACUCUGCUGUGGCAGGACUCAUGGGAAUGAUGAGAUGCGGAACGCCAAGAGGGAAAGAGAACGCGGUUGCUGCAUUGCUCGAACUCUGUAGGAGCGGUGGAGCCGCUGUGGCGGAGAAAGUGUUGAGAGCACCUGCGAUUGCGGGAUUGCUUCAAACGCUUUUGUUUACGGGAACAAAGCGGGCUAGACGGAAAGCAGCUUCGCUUGCUCGGGUUUUCCAGAGACGGGAAAAUGCAGCGAUGAGGUCUGGUGUUUACGGGUUUGUAGGGAAUUCAAAUGGCAAUAGAGACGGCAGUUUUACAACGGAUGUCUCAGUUCCGAUAUCAAUCUCAAUCUCCGUACCUGUGUUGUGAUCUAUGUUUAGUCUAAAAAAACUCUAAAGAGGUACUUUUUUGUUGUUGGUGGUGUUUGUUUCAUUGUUUGUCUAUAUUAUAUACAUUUAUUGGUUGGGAGGUAUAAUACAAGUAAUAUUUUAGA